AGUUGUUUUCUUUGCAGUUUGCAGGCCUAUAAUUUGACCAUUUUAAACAGUGUAACAUCUUUCCAGCGACCACAAGAUAUGUCUUCUGCCAUGGUUGUUUAAGAGAUAAGAAACUACUCACUGCAUCGGUUAGGGUUAAAUAACUUGUUACGAGCUGAACCGUAUUAACCACUGCAGGAAUUAUUUAAUGGAAGGCUUGUACCAGUUUGCUUAGUUAAUUACAGUGGUGACUUUUUGUUAGCCAGGCAGUGAAGAUGCAUACAGUACAUAUACAGUAGAUAAUUAAUAUAGAUAUCGAGUUAGAGAUAAAUUAGUUAUAAAUUUAGACAUAGAUAUAUAAGUACUGUAGAUAUAUAGAUUAUAUAGUUAUAGAUACAUGACAAAUGAAGCUUGAUACAUGUUUUCUGGACUGUAAAGUCUUCCUGGCACAAAGCAUAAUCAAUGUUUUAUACUGUAGUUUAUGAUUCCCAAGUCAUAUAAACUGGGUUUGCAUGCAGAUGCAGAGGGGAAUGCAAUUAUACACUAUAAUAAAGUCCAUGUUGUAUACUUUGAAAUAUAAAAACCAGGGGUGUAGAUUUAGGGUGGACGGAGGGGUUGUGUCCCCACCAAUAUCCUCCGACCAUUGCAAUGUCCCCACCAAUUUAAUCCACUUAAAAAAAAUUGUGCUGUCAACAUUAACCUAGACACAUAGAAAGGGAUAAAUCACGUUCUCUCCGUGAGUCCUUCCGCCCCCAAAACACUUAUAAACAUUUUGAUUGGCUGUGCCUUUUCCUGCUCUCAUGUGAGAGCCUAUGGCUGCGUUUAGAUACAAGCAGGGCCAAAUGCAGUGGAUUUUUUUCCCCAUGCAAGAAGGUGUGUUGGGUGACAUACAUGUGAGGAUGGCGUCAGCAAAAAAAAGAAGCUGGACAUAAGGAGGUUUUUCUCAGAGAAAAGUGUAAGUCACUUCAAGUUCGCGAGUGAAUCAAUCAAAGUCCAUUAAAGUAACGACAACAGUUAACGUUAAUGUGGCUUUGACGCACAUUCAUUAUAGCAGGACAGACUAUAGUCUGUGAAUACGGACUUAAGACUAACAGCAAAUUAAACAGCUAAAUGUUAAAGUAUAAAUAUGGUCCCUGUCAGUUCUCCUAAUCUAAUGACGACUAUUUGUCAGAAAUCAGUCUUGUGGAAGAAAUUGAUGUGCUACAUACUAAUAUUGACAUGGCUAGAAUUUUGUUGACAGUUCAUUAAUAGACAAUCCACUUCACACAAAUAGUUUUUAAAAUGCAUUCACUGACUUGGCAAACAUUAAUGAUUUGAUUCGAGAUUUGCACACUAAGACUCAGAAAAGGCUGGAAGACAUUCUUCUGACAGGAGGGGUGGAUGAUAUUGUUGAUCAGUAUCCAGAACUUAACAGGGAGACUCUAAAAGUUCAGCUAGCCAUGUUCAAGUCCAAAUACAGUUUCAAAUCUAUUACAGAAGUGGCUACUAUCAUGAGAGGAAUGCCAGUGGAGGUGAGGGGUCUAUUUGAUCACAUUAAAACCUGAUCUACUAUAAAAAUGUGAUCUACUUUUAUAUAUACUGAUGUUUGAGAUGUUUCAUUUGCACUAUGGCUUAAUAAAAAAUAGUCUUUAUUAAACUAUCUUUUAAUAGGUCCACCAAUGUCCAGAGCAAAUCUACGCCCUUGCAAAAAACCCUACUCUAAGGCUAAUAAAUGUAUUUUAUGAUUUGGGACAUUAUUUAAUACAGUACAAUACAAUAUUUAUAUAACAAAAAAAAUGUUUCUAUCUCUGUAAAUCUCACUGCUAUGCAGUUAAAACGAGUGCACUGAAUGCUGUAUGUCACUAUUUUUAAUCAUUUAUGUGUAUACCUUUAUAGUAGUUAAUGCCAUAUGCACUGUGUAAUGUUUUAUAUACACAGUUAAGUUUUCCAAUUAAAACAGCAACAGCAUGAUUGUUUUAUGAAGGAGACUAUAGGUUCAUAGAGUCUGAUGUAUUAAGGGCUUCAUUUUCACUAGAGGAAACAGCUGGUGUGAUGAGGGUGAACACAGCGAAGAUUUAACUGAUUAAUCCCUCAUGACAUUUUGUAAACUGUAUUUAUGAGAAAAGACUGCACUGAUGCAGAUAGAACAAUUUAUCGAAAAACACACACCUUGCCUUAAUCUUUCCUCUGUGAUGGUGAAUUGAAGGCCGACGCUGAAAGACGGAAAGGAGCCGAAGUCUGCCGCCGCUUUCAUAUAAAAUUUAAAGGGGAUGAUGGGCGACCAGCAAUGUGUGUGAAGUUUAUGGAGAUUUUUUAGGAGGGCUGAGUAUAAAUGUUAUGGAGCCUAAAGCCCCCCUAUAAAUAGCCAAGCGCCGCCCAUGGUUAGAACAGAAGAACACAUCACAUAGAACAAAGGUGAUACAGGACAUCACCAGAUCAUACUCUGCUCACCACCGAGUAAUCACUGUGUCUGUAGAUGUAUUAGCAAUUCUUAAAAUAGUUUAAUCGUCCACAUACGCUCUGUGUGUUUUCCAUUUUUUUUUUUUUCCCCACAAGUAAUUGAGGUGGCAUCAGGAGAGUAUGGUGAUUGGAAUCCUGUGCUCUUCGAGGCUGAGCAGGGCGGCAUGUGUUCAGAGGGUGUCUCCAGUGACCAGAGUGAUGCUACAUCAUCUUGCCCAUCUCAGUAUAACAACGAUUCAGGCCACAUUGAACAACGCACCUAUGCCACCAGCGUGCUCACACAGUUUAAUAUUCUUUUCAAAAGAACCUUCAUCACUACAUACAGAGACCAGGUGUUGACCCACGUGAGGUUGACAUCACACUUGGUAGUCGCACUUCUGAUCGGCCUGCUGUACCUGAAGAUCGGCAACGAUCCCAACAAAGCGUUUAACAACCCUGGAUUCCUUUUCUUAAUCAUGCUUUUCCUCAUGUUUGGCGCAUUAAUGCCCACCGUCCUCACAUGUAAGGACUUUUGUUAUUUUAUUUUAUUUGUUAAGUUCUUUCAAUAUUUAUAA